ACAUACUAUAAAAAUCCCUAAUUAAUUAAAAGACACGUAUCUACGAAAACCUAAUUACUUAUUGGUUGCAUCGUCCUGCCGCAGCGACGCAUCCUCCCCUCGAUCCCGCCCAGAAGAAAGCUCCUGCGAAGCCUGAAGGAUGAGGAGAUCGCUAGGGAAGCUCAUUGCUGGUUCUCUUUCCAUCGCUGGGAGAUGGCAGAAUCAGCAACUGCGGCGGCUCAACAUCCACGAGUACCAGGGUGCGGAAUUGAUGAGCAAGUACGGGAUAAAUGUGCCAAAGGGAGUGGCUGUUGCAUCUAUUGAAGAGGUGAAGGAGGCUGUCAAAUCUGUUUUCCCAAACGAGAAAGAGGUUGUUGUCAAAAGUCAAAUUCUUGCUGGCGGGAGAGGUUUGGGGACCUUUAAAAGUGGACUAAAGGGUGGAGUGCAUAUUGUUAAAACUGAAGAAGUUCCAAGCAUAGCUGAAAAAAUGCUUGGCCAGAUCCUUGUUACCAAGCAAACUGGUUCUCAAGGAAAGAUUGUGAGCAAGGUUUACCUCUGUGAGAAGCUAUCCCUUGUAAAUGAGAUGUACUUUGCUAUCACCCUUGACCGUAGUACUGCUGGUCCAAUAAUUAUAGCCUGUAAAAAGGGUGGAACUAGCAUUGAAGACCUAGCAGAAAAGUUUCCUGACAUGAUUAUUAAGGUCCCAAUUGAUGUUUUCAAGGGAAUCACUGAUGAAGAUGCAGCUAAAGUUGUUGAUGGUCUGGCACCUACAGUAGCUGAUAGAAGUGCGUCAAUAGAACAAGUGAAAAAACUUUAUCAACUGUUCUGUGAAUGUGAUUGUACGUUAUUAGAGAUAAAUCCAAUUGCUGAGACUGCGGAUAAACAAUUAGUAGCUGCUGAUGCAAAGUUGAACUUUGAUGACAAUGCUUCUUUUCGUCAUAAGGAAAUAUUUGAACUGCGGGAUCCAUCACAAGAAGACUCUAGAGAGGUUGCUGCUGCCAAAGCAGAUCUCAACUAUAUUGGUCUUGAUGGAGAGAUUGGAUGUAUGGUGAAUGGUGCUGGGUUGGCGAUGGCUACAAUGGACAUAAUAAAACUGCAUGGUGGUACACCUGCCAAUUUUCUCGAUGUUGGUGGUAAUGCAUCAGAAGGCCAGGUGGUUGAAGCAUUCAAGAUAUUAACAUCUGAUGAUAAAGUGAAGGCCAUUUUGGUAAAUAUCUUUGGAGGGAUUAUGAAAUGCGAUGUGAUAGCAAGUGGAAUUGUCAAUGCAGCCAAACAGGUUUCACUUAAAGUACCUGUCGUUGUUCGUUUAGAAGGCACAAAUGUAGAUCAAGGAAAGCGAAUUCUCAAGGAUAGUGGAAUGACAUUGAUCACAGCAGAAGAUUUGGAUGAUGCAGCUGAAAAAGCUGUUAAAGCCACUGUGAAUUAGCAGAGUCGGUGAAGAAGGAUCCUCUUGCAACAAAUAAAUUGACUCGAUUGAGUUCUGAGAGCUUGGCCUACAAUGUAUUCUUGUGACCCAUGACUCUUGACAUUUUGCUCGUGGUAUUCAGGUCUGUUUCCACGGUUCAGAGCCUCAGGCUGUUUCCUGCAUUGCAGAAUGAAUUUUUUCUGAUUCUUAUCCAGGAAAACUAAUUCCAUUCCUGUUUGUAAUUUUCUUUUCUUUUUUCUCGGGAACUAAUAUUUUUCUGAUUCAGAGAUGAGCAAAACAUCUGAAUUCCAAAUAUUUUCUGUUUAAAACUCUCUUUAUUAUUGGUAAACAAAAAUUCCUAAAAGAAGGGACCCAUUUAGGUGUA